UGGGAUCGCCGGUUGGUUGGUCGAAGGAAGGUUGCGCGAUUUGUGGUUUUAUUAGAUUUCUGUGUGAUAUUGGUGUCUGAAAUGGAUCAUCGUACGCGUAAAAGAAUCCGAGAGGCAAAGCGUAGGGCGAGACCAGAGCUUAGCUCUGAGAAGAACGGCUGGUCGCGGCUGAAUUACGCGGCUUCGUUCGACUGCUCACCUCAGGCGGUGCGCGACGAGGCCACGCGCAUCGACUACGACGAGGUCAGCGAGGAGCUCUUCAUCGAGCGUUACGAGCGGCCCAACCUGCCGGUAGUCAUCGGCGGGGCGACUCGGGCGUGGCGCGCCAACCAGCGCUGGACGCUCGAGCGUCUGUCCAAAAAAUACCGUAACCAAAAAUUCAAGUGUGGAGAGGACAAUGACGGGUGCAGUGUGAAAUUGAAGAUCAAGUACAUCGCCGACUACUUCACCCACGUGGUCGAUGAUGACUCGCCGCUCUACAUAUUCGACGGCAACUAUGGAGACCACGAGCGCCGCAAGAAGCUGCUCGACGAUUACGAGAUCCCCAAGUACUUCCGUGACGACCUGUUCAAGUAUUGCGGUGAGCGGCGGCGGCCACCCUACCGCUGGUUCGUCAUGGGGCCGGCGCGCAGCGGCACAGGCAUCCACAUCGACCCGCUCGGCACCUCCGCCUGGAACGCGCUCAUCUGCGGACACAAGAGGUGGUGUCUGUUCCCGACCGACACGCCGGCCGAGCUGCUCAAGGUGCGGCCGGGCGAGGGACACCGCCAGCAGGACGAGGCCAUCACCUGGUUCAGCGUUGUCUACCCGCGCACCCAGCUGCCCUCGUGGCCGCAGCAGUACUGCCCGCUCGAGUUCGUCCAACACCCGGGCGAGACGGUGUUCGUGCCGUACGGCUGGUGGCACGUGGUCAUCAACCUGGACCUGACCAUCGCCGUCACGCAGAACUUCUGCUCGCGCACCAACUUUCCGGUGGUGUGGCACAAGACGGCGCGCGGCCGGCCCAAGCUCAGUAAGAAGUGGCUGCGGGUGCUGCAGGAGAAGCAUCCGGAUCUGGCGCGGCUGGCGGCCACCAUUGACGUGUCACAGAGCUCGGGCGUGGCCUCGGACAGCAGCUCCAGCUCCAGCUCGAGCAGCUCCAGCUCCUCGGAAUCGGAACACGACAGCGGCCAGGAGAGCCUGCCCGGCCACAAGAAGAAGCGGCGCCGCACCGAGCGCUCAGCGACGCCCGCGUCGGGCCGCCGCAGCCGCUCCCGCUCCCUGCAGUAG